AUGACUACCAAAGUCGGACACUACGAAGAAGAACAGGUUGAGGAUGUUGAGCUCAAGGUGCCUACUACAAAUGCUCGGGCUCGCCUCGUUCCCCGUCCAUCAGAGGACCCGGCAGAUCCGCUGAACUGGCCCAUGAAGUUGAAAUUGUUGAUUUUGUUUGAAGUCUGUUGGCUUGCUUUUUUGGGAACCUGGAACACAUCUUCCAUCAAUCCGGCAUAUAGUCUACUCGCUAAAGACCUCAACGUCACAGCAAUUCAAGCAUCUUACCAGACUACCAUUGCCAUCGCUUUAAACGGCGUCGGCCCGUUCAUCUGGAUACCCCUAGCCAAUGUCUAUGGCCGCCGCUCGGUCUAUCUACUCACCACUUUUAUCGGAUUUGUCACUGCUCUAGGAUGUGGCUUCGUCCAGACUUAUGGUGCUUUAGUCGGCAUUCGUGCUAUCAACGGACUUUUCCCAGUAUCGAUGGCUCUCGGACCAGCAACCGUGACUGAUCUCUUCUUCUAUCAUCAACGCGGUCGGGCACUUGGUCUUUUCACAGUUAUGUUGACAUCAGGGGCACACUUCGCAGCUUUAUUCGGUGGGCCUGUAGCCAAAUUUGUUGGCUGGCGGUAUAUUUUUUGGAUCACCGCUGCUAUGAACUUCGCUACUCUUGUCGUACUGAUCUUCGGUUUACCGGAAACCGUCUACUAUAAGCCACGCACGUACUCGGACACUAGCACGGAGGCACCGGAGCUCACUAUCGCCCAAUAUCGCCAACUCUUACGCCCGUGGACAACAUUCCCCGGAGUCCGCCUUAAGGCCAGGCACGUUGUUAUUCCUGCAUUUCGCAUGGCUAUGUACCCGUCCGUGCUCUUUCCUAGUCUUUAUUAUGCGGCACAAUAUGUCUUCACAGCAAUUUUUCCUGCGGUCACAUACUCCAUUAUAUUCCAGAAACGCUUUGGGUGGAAUCCAUUUCAAUGUGGACUGGCAUAUGGAGGGACCAUGACAAUUGGGUCGCUUGCUGGAGAGCUUGUGGCUGGUAGGAUCAUAGAUGAUGUGAUCCGGCGUGAAGCCAAGCGUCGAAACGUAGACAGUCCACCGCCGGAGACACGAUUCAAGGGACUGUGGACAGGAGCGAUUCUCAUACCUGCAGGCCUGCUCAUCUUCGGAUUUACGAUGCGAUACGAAACCCACUGGAGCGGUCCACUCGCGGGCAUGUUUAUAGGUAUUUUCGGCAUCCAAGUCGUGGCGACAGUAUGUUAUACCUACAGCAUCGAUUCGUACCGCGUCGAGAGCUCGGAAGUUGCCCAAUUCUUCAAUUUUUGCCGACAAAUCACUAGCUGUACAAUUGCGUUCUAUGGCAUCAAACUUUGCGAGGCUAUCGGCUAUCAAUUUGCUUUCAUCAUGUUUGCUCUCGUUGGUAGUGUACUUGCUUUUCUGCCUAUCAUCUGGCUCAUGUGGAAGGGACAGUCUGUUCGCGAGCGUCUAGGCAUGCCGACUAAUGUCAGCGUGGGCGAGGAAAUCAUCACAGACUACAACGCAGCGUAUCGGAAUGAGAGCAUAGAGUAG